AUGUCGUCGAUGUAUCCCGGCCAUCAGGGUAUGAGGGGCGUGCCCCCUGCCAAUGGCGGCGCCAGCCGUCUCAACGAACUACUCGACCAAAUCCGCGCCGAGUUUGAGUCUCACGUUCGCCAGACCGAGACCUACGAGCAUCAGAUCCAGGCCCAAGUCCAAGAAAUGCAAAUUAUUCGUGAGAAGGUCUAUCAAAUGGAACAGGCCCAAAUGGGACUCAAGCAGAAAUACGAUGACGAAGUCGCCAUGUUGCGCCGCCAACUGGACAACCGCGGAGGCCCGCCGGGUCCCAUGAACCCCCCUCCCCAGCACGUCGCUCCUCCUCAGCAGCCGCCGCAGAUCGGUAAUCCGGGGAACAAUACAGUCAUUGGGGCCAUCCUCUCCGGCCAAGUCACCCAAGGAGGCCUUGUUCCGCCUCCCCACCCCCAGCAACAACAGGAGCAACAGCAACCCCCUCCGCACAUGCCCCCCGCGCCCCCCGGACUGCAAGGCCCGCCGCCGCCGCCGCCGCCGCCCCCAUCUCAACAGCCUCCGUUCCAACCGCAGUAUCCGCAGGCCCCCGCGCCGGGAGGUUUCCCUCCCCAACCCCCGCAGAGCACCGCCUCUCCGGGGCCGGGAAACAAGCGACCCAUCGGCAGGCCACCGGCAGCUGGCCCGGCCACGCCGCAAAUAAAUACUCCGGUCCCUUACAACGGCCCUGGCCAGUCCCCCCAGGUCCCUACCCACCCGACCCCCGACCAUACCAGGAUGGCCCAGCAUGUUCCCGCCCCCCCGCCUCAUAAUAACGCCCUGGGCGACCUUGACCCGGAGCGCCUGCCGAACCACAUCAAGAAAGUGAGGGACGAUUGGUGGGCUAUUUUCAACCAAACCGUCCCCCGGGUCUUGGAUGUGGAUCUCGUACACACCCUUCAGCACGAGAGCGUCGUAUGCUGCGUCAGGUUCAGCCAUGACGGCAAAUAUGUCGCAACCGGUUGCAACAGAUCGGCUCAGAUCUACGAUGUCAACACCGGCGAGAAGAUUUGUGUCCUCCAGGACGAGAGUAUCGAUCUCAAUGGCGAUCUUUACAUCAGGAGUGUCUGCUUCAGCCCUGAUGGCAAGUAUCUAGCCACCGGAGCCGAGGACAAGUUGAUCAGGGUCUGGGACAUUCAAAACCGCGUGAUUCGGACCACGUUCGCCGGUCACGACCAGGAUAUUUACUCCCUAGACUUUGCCCGCGAUGGACGCACCAUCGCUUCCGGUAGUGGCGAUCGGACUGUCAGAAUCUGGGACCUGGAAACGGGCAACUGCAACUUGACGCUCACCAUUGAGGACGGCGUCACGACCGUCGCCAUUUCCCCCGAUACCAAGCUGGUCGCUGCUGGCUCUCUGGACAAGAGCGUGAGGGUGUGGGACGUUAAGAUGGGUUAUCUCCUCGAGCGCCUCGAAGGUCCGGACGGCCACAAGGACAGUGUCUACAGUGUCGCGUUCUCCCCCAACGCCCGUGAACUUGUCAGUGGCAGCUUGGACAAGACGAUCAAGAUGUGGGAAUUGACCACCUCUCGCCAAAUCGGCCACACCCAGCAGCCCCCACUCAAGGGUGGUCGCUGCAUCAAGACCUUCGAAGGUCAUCGGGACUUUGUCCUCAGCGUUGCGCUCACCCCCGACUCGGAAUGGGUGCUCUCCGGCUCCAAGGACCGUGGUGUCCAAUUUUGGGACCCGCGCACCGGCCAUACCCAGCUCAUGCUCCAGGGCCACAAGAACUCGGUCAUCUCCGUUGCUCCCAGCCCUGUUGUCACCCCUGGCGGCGGCUUCUUCGCCACCGGUUCGGGUGACAUGCGCGCACGCAUCUGGUCGUAUACUCGCUUGGAUAGGCGGCCGUAG